AUGGGGCCGUCAUCUGCACUGCUGCUCAUCGCUGUUCUGGGCUGGGCUGAAGGUUCCCAUCUCCACUACUCAGACGGCCGCUCCAGCCGCCUCUCCCUGGAGAAAACCUUCGGCCGCUCGGUCAAAGACUCCCAGUGCCAACACAUGCUGAAGCACCUCCACAAUGGAGCCAGGAUCACUGUGCAGAUGCCUCCCAAUGUGGAGGGUCACUGGGUGUCCACCAGCUGUGAGGUGAGACCAGGACCGGAGUUCUUGACACGUUCCUACAGUUUCUUCCCCAACAACACCUUCCAGGCUCACCAGUUCUACUACGAGGACAACCACUGCACCAAACCCACCUACACUCUGGUAAUCCGGGGUCGUCUGCGCCUACGUCAGGCCUCCUGGAUCAUCCGUGGCGGCACUGAGGCAGAGUACCACCUCCACCGCGUCCAGAUGGUGUGUCACACAGCCUCCGUGGCCAAAGAGUUCAGCCAGAGGCUCAACCAGAGCUGCCGAGGGGCAGUGAAGGGCCCCUGGGAGCCCAGUGUGAUCUAUGAGCUGUGGAGCGAGGAGGGCGGCUACGACUGCUCCAGGGAGCUUAACUUUGCCAUGCAUGAGCUGCAGCUGCUGAGGGUGGAGAAGCAGUACCUGCAUCACAACCUGGACCACCUGGUGGAGGAGCUGUUCCUAGGAGAUAUCCACACCGAGCCGUCACAGAGGCUGUACUACAAGCCGUCCAGCUACCAGACCGCCCUGCAAAACGCCAAGAACCAUGACCACGGCUGCAUCGCCUGUCGUAUCAUCUACCGCUCUGACGAGUUCCACCCUCCCAUCCUGCCGCCGCGGGCCGACCUGACUGUGGGGUUGUACGGUCAGUGGGUGAGCCAGCGCUGCGAAGUCCGCCCUGAGGUCCUCUUCCUCACCCGCCACUUCAUCUUCCAUGACAACAACCACACCUGGGAGGGCCACUACUACCACUACUCUGACCCCGUCUGUAGACACCCCACUUUCACCAUCUACGCCCGUGGACGCUACAGCCGAGGGCUUCACUCCACUCGAGUAAUGGGCGGGACAGACUUUGUCUUCAAAGUGAACCACAUGAGGGUGACGCCCAUGGACUUGGCCACCACCUCCCUCCUCAACGUCUUCAACGGUAACGAGUGUGGAGCGCAGGGGUCCUGGCAGGUUGGGGUGGAGCAGGAUGUCACCAUAACAAACGGCUGCGUGGCGCUGGGCAUCCGGCUCCCCCACACAGAGUACGAGCUCUUCCGCAUGGAGCAGGACGCCCACGGCCGCUACCUGCUCUACAAUGGCCAGCGUCCCAGCGACGGCUCCAGCCCGGACGGGCCAGAGAAGCGGGCCACUUCUUACCAGAUGCCGCUGGUCCAGUGCUCGGCAAGCAGCCAGUCGUCCGACUACAGCCAAGGGGACGACAGCUACAGGCCUCUGCUGCACCACAAUGACUGCACAGGGUGGCACAGAGGCAGCGAGAAACACGUCACUGUGGCUUUGGUUGCGUUCGUCAUGUCUGCGCUCCUUUUCUGGCAAAGCUAG